AUGAGGUUCCAAAUAGCGACCAAGUCUCAACUUCGGGACAGCAAGUAUCUCUUGUCAAGUGGGCUGCCCGCGAGAUCCUCCGCUCGUGUUGGCCGGUGUAUACCCGUGGGGUUCUGGAGCUCGUCGAGCUCGCAGUCGGGUCAAAUAUCCAGCAGUCCAGAAAUUACAGGAUCUUCUAGUUCGGGAUCUCGCUCUGGAUUUCCCUACCGAAAACUUGCAACUGGUUCUGUCUGGGUUAUCAUUGGCUACUGGGCGAACUCGUUGUUACAUACACAGCGUGAAGGCGACGAGUAUCCUGCAGUUCCGACUACAGAUCAGCUGCGAGAAUCCAUCACGGGUGCUGCAGCUGUAUGCGAGGAUGCGGUUACCAAAAUUUUGAACCAGGAAGCUUUCGGCUGGUCCAACUCACUUAAUUCACCUGGGCCAGUUGGUGCUUAUCAUGCAGUGCGGGUUGGGUCAUCGAGUCCAGUGGAGGAUCGACUCAUCCACGGAGUUAUUACUUCAGAUGAUGGUCUUAUCAGCUCCUCAUGGAAUGCAUGGGGUGUUUUUGAUGGACAUGCGGGAUCUCAGACUGCUGAGCUGUUGACGAAACAACUUCUACCCACUGUUCAACAGGCUCUCCAGCACCUGCCAGCUACGGCUUCGAAUGAAGUCGUCGAGUCGACUAUCAAGAAUGCUUUCGUAUCCUUGGAUGACAGAAUUGUCAAGGGGGCGCUGGAACUGGCUGUGAGCAACGUCCCGUACCAAGACAGGGUGGCUUCCCUGGCACAAGCCUACGCUGGCUCCUGCGCAUUAUUGUCUCUUCUGGACCCAACAACACGGAUACUUAGGGUGGCUUGCGUCGGGGACUCGCGGGCGGUCCUUGGCCAGAAACAAACCAACGAAGAGUGGAUAGCAAUACCACUAUCUGUUGACCAAACUGGAAGUAACGAGGACGAGAUUGCGCGAAUCAACUCGGAACAUCCCGGUGAAAACGAUAUCUUUAAGGGAGGACGUGUACUUGGGAUAAUGGUGUCCCGCGGUUUUGGGGAUGCAAGACACAAGUGGGAUGCUGGAACACUGCAGGAGUUGAGUAAGCAGUACGAUGGGUUUGCUCCUUUGCCACCAUUGAAGUAUACUGUCAAGACACCGCCAUAUCUUACUGCUGAACCUGUUAUCACUACCACACAGCUGGACGAGAAGGCGCCGGCUUUCCUCAUCAUGGCCAGCGACGGUUUCUGGGACAGAGUGACGAACGACCAGGCCGUCAAUCUUGUCAGCCGCUGGAUCGAGCUUCGAGAUCGUGGAGAGUUGAGAAAGCCAAUAUCGGUGACAGACCACGGUCGCUUUGACCUGGAGAAACAUCGCCAGGGGAGUUCAGGCUUCCGAUACACUGAGGACCGAGCAACAUUUCAAGAUGAGAACGUGGCGGUGCACCUCGUGAGAAAUGCCCUGGGUGGGAAUUUCCACGAAAUGGUAGCUGGGACGCUUGCAGUUGGUCCGCCAUUCUCGAGGGAGUUACGAGACGAUAUUACGGUCCAGGUUGUGUUUUUUCCCUCAAAGUGA